AAAUCGUUCAUGGGGAUAUCAAACCAAAAAAUGUCCUAGUCUUCCAAGACAUAUCCGGGGAAUAUCGCGCAAAAGUUAUAGACUUCGGGUACUCCUCACGAUACAUCCGCCAUGAUCAACGACUUCGACUGCCUAGAUCGGAACCAUGGCAUGCGCCAGAAAUACCGCCAUGGAACGACCGCCGCAGAUCCCUCCUUAUCGGGAAUAAAUCCUCCACCACAAGGGAUUGAUGUGGUAGACGUCGAGUCUCCUACACAAGCAGAAGACAGGCUACGCACGAAGAAGGAAAAACUCCAGGCGUAUGCGCAGCAGCUCUUAGCAUCGGACACAACAUUGGAGGGCGAUACGAAGAUGGCUCUAAGAGAAUUCUUCGAUUCAAGCUUGAGUCAAGAUCCUGAUGAUCGGGAACUGAGUCUCUCAACAUUGUUGAGAAGGCUAGAUCCACAAAGAUCGAGACUACAAUUCGAGACUUCUAUCGCAGCGAUUACCGAGUUCGGUCCUACCUUGCUCGCUGUCUCCUAA